ACGAGGAGCCCGGAGCUACCGUGGACGGAUUGGGUCUAUCAUUAAGCGGAGGAGACAGCAGGCAGGGUUCGAACAUUCUAGAGAACGCGGGUCCGCUACACGCUUCGCCACCACAGCUUCACGAGAGCGGGCAGACACGGUCUUCCCCAAGCAUCCCAAAGCGAAUUAUAACACAGCUCCCGGCUACCCCACCCAAUCUGCACGAGACUCCAACUACACUGGUCACGCCGCCGACACCGACAGAUGCAAAGGCAAAGUCGCCAACCGAAUCCACUUCAAGCUCGAGGAUCGGUGCUAAGCAUACUCCGUCUCAAUCAAACCCCAACGUAGUCGUGUCCCCUUCGGGGAAUAUGAUAUCGCACCGACGUGCGCGCUCAGCUACAAACCCACCCAGCAAGCUAUCGAACUCCAUCUCUGCUCCGCUGACCCCUACAAUUGAAGAGGUUAAGACGCCAGGUGGAACAGCCGCACUACCCGCGCAGUCUACACAGUCACCCAGCGGGUUUUUCUCGUCCGUGUUCUCUGCAGCACAAAACGCCGCCAAUUCGCUCAGUAAGACGAUAGCCGAUAGCGCGAUCCAGAACAAGAACAAACCAGCCAGCCAGCACACGAAUACGGAAGAGAGACCAUCUACACCGGGAGGCGAAGAAGUCAUUGGUCCAGAGAGCACAAAUUCGUCAACGGUGAACAUUGGGACUGAGAAGCGUAGAUUAGCCGUGGAGACACUUGGAUCCGGAAAUCUGAGCUUGGCCGAACUUGGAAUAUCCGAGAGUAGCGAUCCUAGCCCAAUGACUUCGACGGUUAACUUGAAUGCAAAGGGGGACGAGGCGUCGGCCAAGGCGGAGGAUAUCGCGGCAGCGCAGGCAGUGUCCGCUGCAUAUGCUGCAGAAAAGUCAGCCGAUCGCCCACGGUCCCUAACUUCGACUUCAGCGCCUGCGGGCGGAGCUACAGGUGCAGUCUCACCGCAGAGACAGCCUGAGAUCACAGACUCGCCAGCACCUUCGUCGAUCCAGAGACAAGGUAGUAUCAGGAGCCGCAUCAGCGGAGGAAGGCGAAGGCGGCACCGUGGCAGCUCCGCUACGACUGGAAACAACAUUGCAGCUGCUAUAGUAGGCAGCACGACCAAUCUGACCGCGACACCUACGAGUGGGCAACGACUCAAUGGGACUGGAUUUGCCGUGGCUCCUUCGAAGCGCAAUCGGGAUUUCCACAACUUGUUUAAGAGUGUGCCUGAAGACGACUACUUGAUUGAAGACUAUAGUGCAGCCCUUCAAAAGGAGAUCCUGCUCCACGGACGCCUUUACGUAUCCGAAGGUCAUUUGUGUUUUUCCAGCAACAUCCUGGGCUGGGUAACGAACCUGGUCAUCAGCUUCGACGAGGUAGUUUCUGUGGAGAAGAAGUCUACUGCUGUACUAUUCCCGAACGCCAUCGUCAUCCAGACUCUCCAUGCUCGCAACAUCUUCGCCAGUUUUCUCACUCGAGACUCGACAUACGAUCUGAUCAUUGGGAUCUGGAAGAUUUCGCAUCCCAACCUUAAGUCGUCCCUGAACGGCGUGGCACUGGAUGGCUCCGGUACUGGUGACCGGACCGAGAAGGCCGAGUCUAUUGGAAGCGAUGAGGGCUCUACUCAGGAUUCCGACGACGAGGUUUACGACGAAGACGCCGAGGAUGAUGAUGGAAUGGGCAGUUUCACAGAUGCCGCCGAUGGUAGCGUAGUCAGCGAGGCCGGUUCCGUGAAAGUUGGUGAGACCAGGAAGGCGAGUGCAACCAUCGCACAGGCUGUGAGUGGAGGAGCAUCAAAGCUAUCCGAGGGUGCUGAGGUGGCAGUCAAUAAUGCAACCGGGGCCCAGGAUUUCCCAGGCCCAAGUACCCAUGCGCCAACUGAUUGUGGGGACGCCGAUUCACACUAUGAUAAGCUCCUGAUCGAUACGACUAUUCCAGCACCCUUGGGCAAAAUCUACAGCUUAAUGUUUGGACCUGCAAGCGGAGUCUUCAUGCGCAAAUGGCUCCUUGAAGAUCAGAAAUCUACUGAGCUACAAAUGGAGGAUGACAAGAAGGGACUGGGAAGCGAGAACAAGACUUUCAAAUUCUCUUACAUCAAGCCUCUCCCUGGCUCAAUCGGUCCAAGGCAGACAAAGUGCAACAUCGACAUGAGCUUGGAGCAAUUCGACUUGGAGAAGGGAGUUACUGUCCUCUGCUCCACUGGUACUCCAGACGUACCCAGUGGAAGUAUUUUCUUGACCAAGACUCGAUAUUGCUUAAGUUGGGGGCCAAAUAAUAGCACGAGGCUGCUCAUGACAUUCACGGUGGAGUGGAGUGGGAAGAGUUGGCUCAGAGGUCCUAUAGAGAAGGGUGCAAAUGAAGGCCAGCUCACCUACGCUACAGCAUUGGCAUCCGCUCUCAGGGCUGCAGUGUCCGCCAAAGCUCCAGCCAAAGUGCCAGGCAAGGGAGGCAAAUCGAGAAAACGUAGGGCACAGGUCGCAGACGAAGCCAGUCCGGAACCAAUUUCGAAGACGACUGGCCGACAUUGUUGAAUCGCUUUUUGAACCCAAAAUCAUCAUUGCUAUAUUGGUAUUGCUACUGACCUGGAAUUGGCUCU